AUGGAGUGGCCAAAUAGUUUGAUAAAUGUACCUGCGUUUGAAGGUGUAAGGAGUGACGUGGCCCGAUUCGUCAUGAGCAGCCCAGCCCGAAACGAUGGAUUGCAAGCUGAUGGACCGACCCGAUUUUCGGGUCAGGAUGGAGGCCAAUUGUCGUCCUUCUUCUUCUUGAUUGGAAGACGAAUCGUCGUCCCUCUCACUCUCUCGAUCCCCAGCCGCGCGGCGCUGCUAGAUCAGAAGAUGGUGGUUGUGGUGAUCGGAGGAGCCGAAGCUUUAAAUGAAGAGGACGAGGUUGAGGAUGUGAAGAGAGCCAUAAACUGGAAAAAGGAUGAUGAAGAGGACAAGGAUGAAGCUGAUAUAGACUAG